AUGACGAGAAAAACCUUGGGCGACUUGUUCUCGUUGUACUACGGCAUCCAUGACGAAAUUCUUCUUCUUUUCAAACUCAAAUUUUUCACCAGCAAAAGUUUCCAACAGUAUGCCGCUCGUCACGAAUCCCGAGCUUGGUACUACGAAACACUUCUUGCGCUUUACAACACUUAUGAGCGACUUCAGCAGCUUUCGCAGCAGGAAAUGGAUAUGCGAAUUCAAAUUCAGGUCAAACAAAGAGCAAAACUGCUUUCUAAACAAUUGUUGGGAGGAUCUCAACUGUUGAACUCGAGCCAUUAUGAGGACCCUACUGACCUCAACCAGCUAAAGGAUAUCCAGUUUAAAAAGUAUAAUGCCUACAUUGACAUCUACAAGUGGCUCGCCGACUUUGCAUUCAAUACUUACACUGUUUUCAACUUGAAGCUUCCAUUCGAUACGUUUCAAAUAUGGAUGGGAAUAACGGCUUCGUUGCUUAGUAGCAUCAAGUUGUACCGAGAGACAAACAAAAAGUUGGUGGAGAAACAACUCGCGCAUUAA